UUUAGAUAUGGUUUAAUUGCGAAGAGUCCGGGGUGAUAUUCUGUGUUGGAAGAGAGUUUAUUAAAAUGGAGGCCCGAGUUCGUUGCAGUAGAAGCACUAAAACCAUGUCGACAACCUGGCUUUUAAGGUUAUUUUGUACGUUGUUGGCUGUAUCGUAUUCGUAUCCCGAGUUUGGUAGGGCAUUAGAAGCACCCAAGGACAUCUUCAUUCUGGCAGGUCAAAGCAACAUGGCCGGUAGAGGAGGUGUUCGCCAUGGCAAGUGGGAUGGGAACGUGCCACCAGAGUGCAGACCUAACCCAUCCAUCCUCCGACUCAAUCCUCAACUCCAAUGGGAAGAGGCACACGAGCCGCUUCACACAGGCAUCGGUCCUCCCAAGACUCAAGGGGUGGGACCCGGCUUGGCGUUUGCCAAUGAGAUCCGAGCCAAAGGUUCGAUGGUUGGGGUUGUGGGACUGGUGCCUUGUGCGGUUGGGGGAACUAAAAUAAGUGCAUGGGCGCGUGGGACGACGCUGUACAAUGAAUUGGUGAGACGAACGAAGGCCUCCGUGAGUGGAGGAGGACAGCUCCGAGCCAUUCUGUGGUAUCAAGGAGAGAGUGAUACAGUGAGAUCUGAAGAUGCAGAGGCGUACAAGGGCAACUUGGAAAAGCUUAUCAUAGACUUGCGCUCUGAUCUUAGUCACCCCACUCUUCUCUUCAUCCAGGUGGCACUUGGAUCGGGGGAAGGCAAAUUUAUAGAGACAGUGAGGAGAGGUCAGCUGGGAAUCAGGUUACCAAAUGUGAAGUGCGUAGACGCCAAGGGACUGAGGCUUGAACCAGAUAAACUUCACCUCACUACAAUUGCUCAGAUCCACCUCGCUCAGAAGUUGGCUGCUGCCUUUCUUGCUGGUGAUCAAUCAUGAAUCAUGAGGAGUCACAACCCUUUUAAUCUAAAUUAGUUAUAGACAUUUACCAUAUUACAGCAAUUAAUAAAGACGCUCUUGCAAAUUAGAUAUUGAA